AUGCGUUGGGACGCGUCAUUAUUCUCGGCGAUGCUCUCGCUGAGCACGCUUGCGAGGGCAGAUCCAACGUGGCCGUCGGCAAACGACGAUCUGGAAGAAAUCAUGUAUCAAGUGAGGGGCUACCGGUCAAGACUAUUCGGCGGGACUGUCGUGCCUUGUUCGAGCGAAGCUUCGGGGCCUGGACGACACAAUGCUGCAGAGUGGGUUCGGGCAGCAUUCCACGACAUGGCCACCACCACGAAUUUCGGUGGUAUGCGGGCUGGCGGACUGGACGGUUCAAUACAGUACGAGUUGACCAGUUCGGACAAUCUGGGGCCUGGUUUCAAGACAACACUCGAGUUCAUGGCCGACUACUACACAAGCCGGACCAGGGUGGCCGACCUCAUCGCUUUGGGCGUAUACUACUCAAUAAGAUCCUGCGGUGGCCCAGUCGUUCCUAUUAGUGCGGGCAGGAUCGAUGCCAAGCAAGGCGGCGGUAUAGGUGUGCCCCUACCAGAGAACAGCGCCUUUACGUUCGAGCAGCAGUUUCUAAGGAUGGGGUUCAGCAAGCAGGAGAUGAUCCAGGUCACCGCCUGCGGCCAUUCUCUAGGCAGUGUUCACGCCAGCGAAUUCCCCCAGAUAGUUCCACCUGGUUCAGGAACCAAUGACCAGAUACCCAUGGACUCGACAGUUGCGGCUUUCGACAACAAGGUCGUGACCGAGUACAUUUCCGGUAAUACAACAAACCCUCUGGUGGUCGGGCCCUCUGUCAGGGCUACAAGAAACUCGGAUUUCAAAGUCUACAACUCCGACGGAAACGCCACAGUCAAGGCAAUGGCAGCUCCUGCCGAUUUCAACAAUAUAUGUGCUACUGUUCUUCGCAAGAUGAUAGAGGUAGUCCCCUCGGGCGUGGUCCUCUCCGACCCUGUCCAGCCAUACUUUGUCAAGCCUGUCGAUAUGCAACUCACCCUCAACUCGGGCGCAAGCACGAUGCAGCUGACGGGUUUUAUUCGUGUCCGCACGACCGGUCUAGCAGGAGGAUCUGUAUGGAGCAUCACGCUGAACUACAAGAACCGAGGCGGUGGCGGCAAUUGCGGCAAUUCUAAUUGCAAGAUAACCGCAACCCUUCUCGGUGCCACGCAAGGUUUCGACGAUACGUUUGUGUGGUUUCCGGUCAAUUCCGAAAUAUCGACUUCCACUGGCAUUUCAUCGUACACCGUAACCUUCACUAUGGCAGACGGGACAACGCAGACCUUGGACAACAACGGAAACUCGUAUCCGAUGCAAGACGCCAUUCUUCUACAGAAGCCUCAAAGCUGUCUCAUCUCCGGCGAUCUCACUGUCACGGCCGCAGUCCGCAACGACCUGAACUCUCUACCUGUCAACAUGUUUCUCUCCAUGACCAAGGGAGACUGCGUGGGUCCGUACACGUUCUACACGUCGACCUUCACUGGCCUCGGCGAACUCGAUUAUGCGGCCAAGAUCGACGUAGUGAGUGGUAGCGGUGCUUCGGCCCCGAGGGACGACUUCAACGCUGCGAGCGAGCUUGGAGGGACCUGUCGAUCUUUCCAGAGCCCGCCAUCGUCAGCGUGCACGACAGGACGGGCCUCGACUACGCCCGGUUCUUCGUCGACUUCCUCGUCUGUUGAAACUGUUUCGUUGUCGUCGACGGUUGUUAUCAGCGCGACUUCUUCGGCUUCGUCAAGCAUCUUAUCUACUCCGUCAAGCGUCCCAUCCACCUCGUCGAGCAUCUCAUCCGACUUGUCUAGCGGUGUGACCACCUCGACGGUGAUUGUGAACAGCACGACCAGAUCCAGCACUGGUCCAGUUGAGACUCUGCACCACCGACAGUCUCUGGGCGGCUACAGACUGGUUGACUGCAAGAAGGAGUCGACUGUGCCGGGAACCCGCGCCCUCGGUAGUGCUUCUUUUGCAUACGACGGAAUGAAUUUGGAGAGCUGCAUGGGUAACUGCACCGGAUACGCCUACUGGGGAACAGAGUACGGUCGGGAGUGUUAUUGCAGCAACUCACUCCACCCAUCCACUGAAGACGCUACUCUUUCCGAGUGCAAUAUGCCGUGCUCCGGAGACUCGACGGAGUAUUGCGGAGCUGGCAACAGGAUCGAGCUGUACGCCACCACCGCCAGCCAGCCGACUCCCACGGCUACAUUGGCGCCCAAGCCGACUGUCUCGCCGUAUAUCCGUGCUGGCUGCUACAAUGAGGUUCCGAACGGACGCGCCUUAACCGGAGCCACUUACGCCAACGAUACGAUGACACUGGAGCUUUGUGCGUCGCUUUGCGCCAGCUUCACUUACUGGGGUACCGAGGACGGACGGGAGUGCUACUGUGGCAACACCCUGAAUGCCCUCAGCACUCCUACUGCCGAGGGAGGUUGCAACAUGGCCUGCGCCGGGAAUGGCUUCGAGUACUGUGGUGCGGGCAACCGGCUGGAACUGUACGAGCUAGAGACAGCGUCUUCGUCGUCGGCUGUCGCGACUUUGACGUCUAGCUCGAGCACGGCCGCCUCGAUUGUCCCUUCUACGAGUUCAAGUGCCACUAGCUUGACGACAUUGAGUGCUGUAAGUUCAGGGACUGCCACCAGAGCAAGUGUGAUUACGUCGAGCAGCCUUGCAGCGAGCAGCGCCUCAAGCUUCACAUCCUCGAGCUCGCCUUCGUCAAGCGAGGUGGCCACGAGCUCGGGAACAUUAAGCGCCGUUAUUUCAAGCUCAGCAGCACUACCAACCACAAGUGGCUCGACCGCGUCAUCGUCUUCCUCCACAACCGCAUCCGCUACACUUCGGCAUGAACCGACGGUGUCCUCGUACGUCUUUCAGGGCUGCUGGACCGAAGGCAACGGCGUGCGCGCCCUCAGCGCCAAGAUGACCUCGUCAGCGUCCGAGAUGACGCUGGGCGCAUGCGCCGACUACUGCGCCGACUACCACUACUUCGGCGCCGAGUACGGCGGCGAGUGCUAUUGCGGCAACGUGCCCGAUGCGUCGAGCAAUCAGACGGCCCUGGCUGACUGUAACAUGUUGUGCACUGGGAACAAGCUGCAGUACUGCGGCGGCGGCAACGCCCUCGUGCUCUACUACUCCAGCACGACACAAGGCCCCUCGCAGCCGGUUCUCAUAAGCCAGGGCGGCAGCAACUACACUUUCCUCGGUUGUCAGACCGAGACCAGCAACGGGCCCCGCGCACUCGCCGCCAAGAGCUCCGCGGCGGACGAUAUGACGCUCGAUAAGUGUGCCGCCUUCUGCGAUGGGUUCGCGUACUUUGGCGCUGAGUACGGGCGCGAGUGUUACUGCGGCGACAAGUUCACCAUCGGUUCGGUCGAGGAGGACGCGAGCGGGUGCAGCAUGACAUGUGGUGGUAACGGCAAGCAGCUGUGCGGUGCCGGGAACCGGUUGAGCGUUUAUGGGUUGACGAGAGUGGAGGACUCAUGA